AACCCGCCCCCCAGUGCGGCUGCGAUCUUGGUCACUGGCUCCAAGUUGUUUCAGUUCUGUGAAGCAUCUGAGCAAGCAGAAGGUGAGGAGGAGCACCACUUCUGUUGAAAAUACAUCGCGCUCUUCAGGAUGGAUUUCUGUGCUGCUGGGUCACCUGGCUUGACUGAGACUGAAGAGGCUGAAAUAGAGACAAUCAGGCAGCACAGACAGGAGCUUUUGGAGGACAUUAAGAGGCUGAAGGAAGAGAUUGCUGAAGUGUUUGCAGAGAUUGAGUGCUUUCAAAAUGCAGAGGAGAGGCAACAGGCAGACAAUAAUCCUGGGGAGCAGACCAGCAGACUGUCACAGAGGGAUAAGCUUCUGUGCCUGGGCCGGAAGAAAUUCAACAUGGACCCUGCAAAGGGGAUCCAGUACUUGAUUGAGCAUGAAGUGUUGUCCCCAGACUUGCAGGAGAUCGCCAAAUUCCUCCACAAGGGUGAAGGCCUGAACAAGACCGCCAUUGGGGAUUACCUGGGUGGUAGGGACCCCACAAACAUUCAGAUCCUCCAAGCCUUUGUGGCGUGUCACCAGUUUGCCAACCUCAACCUGGUGCAGGCGCUGAGACAGUUCCUAUGGAGCUUCCGGCUGCCUGGGGAAGCACAGAAGAUUGACCGGAUGAUGGAGGCCUUUGCCAACUGGUACUGCAAGUGCAACCCAGGCGUAUUCCAGUCAACAGAUACCUGUUAUAUACUCUCCUUCUCUAUCAUCAUGCUUAAUACCAGCCUGCACAACCCCAAUGUGAAAGACAAACCCCCCUUUGAAAGGUUUGUAUCCAUCAACAGAGGCAUUGACAAUGGAGGGGACCUGCCAGAAGAGCUCUUAAAGAAUCUGUUUGAGAGCAUCAAGAAUGAGCCAUUCUCCAUACCAGAGGAUGAUGGGAACGAUCUCACACAUACUUUCUUUAACCCUAACCGUGAGGGCUGGCUCCUGAAACUAGGAGGACGUGUGAAAACCUGGAAACGCCGUUGGUUCAUUCUGACCGAUAACUGCCUGUACUACUUUGAAUAUACCACGGACAAAGAGCCUCUGGGCAUUAUCCCCCUGGAGAACCUAUCAGUCCGGAAGGUGGAUGAUCCCAAAAAGCCAAACUGCUUUGAGCUCUUCAAUCCCAACUGCAAAGGGCAGAAGAUCAAAGCCUGCAAAACAGAUGGGGACGGGAAAGUGGUUGAAGGCAAGCAUCAGUCCUACAAGAUCUCAGCAGCCACACCAGCAGAACGUGAUGGGUGGAUUGAGGCAAUACGGACCAGCAUCACACAGGAUCCUUUCUAUGACCUGGUGUCUGCACGUAAGAAAAAGAUUGCCAGCAAAAACUAAGCCCUGACGUGGUCAUUGACAGCAGGGGGAUGUAAUGGUUGGACAGCUCCCCUCCCAUGCUGGGCCCUUCCAGUCAAGAAAUUUGGGAGAAUUAGUUCCCUCUGCCUCCCACUUGGCAGGAACAUGACUGACAAGACAACUUGCCAGAUUUGAUUCUUCCUUUUCUAAACUGAAGGCAGAGGCGCAGGGUGAAAUCCACUGAGGACUGUCAGAAAUGUGAGCAUGGCAUUUCCCACGUCUGAAUGCAAAGGCUCAACAGCGACUGGUCUUUGGGUUCUCCCAUAUAGCCCCAGGCAUGUAGGACAGGAUCUGAGGAGAGAAAACAAUGUCUCCAGAAUGUCUCCAGCCUCUCUUGCUAUCAAACCAGGCCUGGGUAUUUUUCAGUGAGGAACCAUAUAGAUGCUCUCAGAGCAGCUGAGCAUGGUCCAGUCAGCUGCAGAGCAGAAAAGCCCCAGUGGUUUAUCUUCCAUGAACAGAUGUGUAGUGGUUGUGAAGAAGGGGCCACUGAUGUUUAACACCUCACUGUGAAACCAGAGGCCAAGAGAAGAUAAGAAGCCUUCCACUCAGAAGAGAACCCUCACUACCUCUUCCUACAGCUGUCAGGGCUGUAAUCCUGGGAAGUCCCUGCUCUGUAACUGAGUCAUAAGUUUCAGAAAGUUAAAGAUGCUGGAUAGGGAAAUAAGGGGUAACUGAGUGCAGAGAGGCCGUGGGACCAGGGAAGCAGCUCUGGAUCUUUUGUGUCUCUGUUUUGAGGCUCAGGGACCACCACAGGUCUCCCUAAGGAAGAAACCCAAACACUAGCUCUCCUCCUGGCUGAUGGCCCCCCAACAAAAUUUGCCUCCUUGUACCAUCCCAGAGGCCUGGGCUUUGUAUCUGAAAGGCCUGCAGCCAGAAGGCAUGAAAAAUUAGAGGUGCAUACACACCACGUGGACAAGCACACACACACAGAGGCAUUCCCAUCUUCAUACUUUGGUUUCACCUGGAGUCCUUUUUUUUAAUUUUUUUUUUUUUUUUUGUCUCUUGUGUCAAGAAAGAAAUAAAAGUGCUUGAAACAAGCCCCAAA